AUGGAGGAAGAGCAGAAGAAAGAGGAAGGGAAUUAUAAGUACGAGGAGCGUCAGCGUCAGCAGCAGCAGCCACCGUAUGUCUCACGGAUGGAGCCGGUGACACACGAAGCGUAUGGAGGUGGGCUUUACGGUAAGGACGACGACGAGAAAGAGGACAAGAAGAAAGAGGUAGAGCCUCCGCAGCAUAAACCACCAGCCAGCGAGACACAGAGUGCAGACGGGCCUGACGAGUCAAAGACGAUGGAGCCGAAGCACAAGCAACCACCAUCUUCUGGCGAUAGAGACACUGACAUCACCGGACAGUCUUACAUUCAGUGA